AUGAAUUCUAAACUUUGGGUUGUUUUGAGCAUCUGCCUUCUUCUCUUUGUCUUGGCUGAAUGCCAAAAAGAAAAGACUUCCAAAGCUACAGGGAAGAAAGUCAUUAAGGUAUCGAAACCCAGAGAGUCCAAACUUUCCAAAAUGACUAAUAAAAAGGUCAAACAAGGACCAUUGAAGCUACUCGAGAAGAAAGGUCAAGUUAAACCCACUAUUGCUUCCAGUAAGGGACUGCAACCUACAUCCAUUCUGACUCAUAUGGUGACAAAGGGGCGAUUCCAGAAGGUUCCUGAGACCUUGGUGCUCAGAGCAGGCCAAACUUUGGACCUGCGCUGCAAAGGAAAGGCUGUUAAAUGGAGAUACCCAGUCAACCUUGAGGAAGAUGAUGUUCAGAGACGUCUCCGAAUCAAAGACUUUGAAAGGCACAGUCAGCUGAUUGUUGUCAACUCUACAGCUGCAGACACUGGCGAGUACAGCUGCUGGUCUUUGCAGUGCCUGGAUAGCGAAUGUCGUGAUGGAGAGAAUCGGAUGGGCAAAACAUUUGUCUUCUUCACAGAUCCUCAGGAGCUAUUUGUUCCCACAGAAGAUUACUAUGAAGUGAUCCAGUUGCGUACCAACCACCCGACCCUUCUGCCCUGCCAGGUGACCAACCCGCUUGCCAAAGUCACUCUCCACCGGGAAUUUCCACCUGAGAAAGUUACAGUGGAUGGGAUAGACAUCUCCUUUGAUGUGAAGAAAGGGUUCACAAUCCACCGUCCUCAGCCAUCCCUGGCAGGCUCCCUCUUCUGCAUGGCAAAUGUGAACGGAUUAAGGCAGAUCUCCACCAAAUAUAUGCUGAUUUAUGUGAACUAUCCCUCCUCAGUUCCCAAGGCUGCUAUUAGAUCCUCAGUAACAUCCAUUCAGACUGGAAACAAUUUCAAUGUCACUUGCAGAGUGUUGGGGGAACCAGAAAUUGCUGUAGAUUUCACAUGGGAAUAUCCAGGACAACAAAUUGGUAGACCACCCUAUGUCCAUGAACACACAGACUUGGUGCGACGUGGUGGGCAGGUGCAGCAAGAAUCUGAGAGCAUCCUUUACAUUGAUGAAGCCCGUGUAGUGGAUGAUGGGUUGUACACUUGCAUUGCUGAAAAUCUGCAGGGCUCCACCAGAGUAUCUACUCGUGUUCGCAUACUCCCAGCCAUACCAGCUCCCAAGAAGGCAAAGUCUGAGUAACCAUGCCUUGGUUUGUGGAAAGUUCCAGGUGCUGCUGG